AUUUUUCCAAUGUCAGUUAUACUAGCUAAAAUGAUAUUUGGAUUUUUUAAUGAAAAAGAAAUAAGGAAAAUUGUUGAUGAUAUUUACAAGCCAAUAAUGAUCCUUAGACAAUCAUCAGAUGUUGGUGUUUUGACAAUCAUCCGAAUAGCGAUGUCAUACCAAUAUUUCGACAGUUUUAUUUAUAUAUUCGUAUGCAUAAGCGUAAGCGCAACGACCUUCCUGUUAGCAGACAUAGAUCGCCAUGAAUUGCCAAUCCGUGGAGUAUUCCCAAUUAAUGCAACUAUAUCGCCAAAUUACGAAGUCAUUUAUGCAAUUGAAAUCUACGCUAUCAUAAUAAAUUGCUGGUGGGUGUACAGCUUUGACGUAGUCCUGCUGAGCUUGGUAAGGUGGAUGACCAUCGACCUGAAGAUACUCCAGCUAAAUUACCGGCAGUGUCAAUUCUACCACAAGCCACGCGGUACCUUAAUGGUCACCCGAGAAGGAUUUGACGCUGUUAAAAAUUACAGCUUAAUCGAAGAGCUGAAAAAAGAGGACGAGAUCUACAGCUUCGUUCCUUUUGAUGAGGACCAGGUCAACGUAAAAGUGGAUUCCUUUUUAAAAAGAUUCACCAGCUGCCUGAUCCACCAGCUGCAGAUCAUCAAAAACAUCAACGAUGUCAACAAUCUCUUCAGUGUGGUACUUGCUAUCCAAACGAUCUCCAAUUGCACCCUCACCUGUAUGGGCCUCUUUGGAUUGGUUAGAAGCAUCAAGAAGCACACCAACCCGGCUAACGAUAUUGUCAUGCUCCAAAUUGGGUUUUUGAACCUCCUUUACUGGUCUGUCUUCGGGCACAUGCUGAUAGUCCAGCACGACUGCUUGAUGGACAGCAUUUACGAGUGCGGGUGGGAGGACCAUAUUUGUAGCAAAAACUUUGUACAGGUAAUGACAAUCACAAUUAUACAAACAAUGAGACCCAUGGUGAUAACAGCCGGACAUUUCUUUGAUCUGUCAAUGAAAACCUAUCUGCGGGUUAUCAAUAAAUCAUACUCAUUUUUUGCAAUUCUUAACACUGCUACUACCGAAGAAGAUUUUCAGUAAUUAAUUAAUAGAAUUUUUAUUAACAAGUUAAGUAUAGUUAUCU